CCAUUGUCCCAUUGCGCAUUUGCGCCAUUUUUAAUUUAUCUGAUUCUUUUUCUUAUUUUCUUUCACCAGAACGGUUAUUAAUACGACUGCCGAGUGCCGACUGUUGCGGCUGAGAAGCUGUACCAUUAAUGCAUGUUGAUGUGCCGAUGUGCCGUACUAUCAAUGUCCUUUCUUUGAGACACGACUAUGGGAAAUAUGCAUUAGAUUAAACCAUAAAACCACCAUGCAAGUCGCAAGAUAUUAAAUAAUAACCGUUUUCUUUCGACUUUUCGUGUAAUUGUGUGCUCCGUACUUCCAUGGACAGCUGUACAUGGCAUUAGUGCCUACUGCCUUUAACGUGUGAUCACAUUUGCACAUAAUAAAAGGUACAAUGGCAGUAAAAAGAAAGGAUAAAACUGAUAAUCAUGACACCCCUGCGAAAAACAAAAGAAUUAGACAAGAAAAAGUUGGUGACUUUUCCGAUGAUGAAGACUUGUCAGACAUUGAUGACGCAGAUAUAUUCAAUGGUAUCCGCAUACCGGUUGAAUUACCUCCAAUUAAAUCAGCUGAAGAGAAUCCUGGGCCUCGCAUGGUUAUUACAGAAAUUGUUGCCAACAACUUUAAAAGUUAUUUUGGCGAAGUUACUAUUGGGAAAUUUCAUAAGGUAAGAACAUCAUUUCAUGUGUUAUCAUGUAAGUAAUGAGUUAUUAGAUGUGUUCUUAGGAAAAAUCAAUACUUAAUACAAUGCCUGAGAAAAAAGCGAGCUUUUGGUAAGGAAGCAAUAACUACAUCAAUUAUGAGCAGAGUUAGGUUUAGGCCGGGAUUACACGGCGCGUGGCGCGGCACAAGGAGUUAAAGCGUGUGUAUAGCGCGCACGUUUAAAACCGACACGCUGUUAGAUUGGAUAAGACGCGCCGUGCCAAUUUACCUAAUGUCAGCAUGUAAUAUUGUGAUCAUAAAAAAAUGUUUAUUUUUCACUCAAACACACGAUUCUAAUUCCAACAAUACAUCGCAAC